GCCUCGCUCUGAAGAUGUCUGGUGAUGAAUAUUCCUUUUUGAAAGUGAGAAGACCCUCAUUGAGGCGCAGCUCUCCUGUAGAGGAUGUGCAUUCUGAACGUAUGGUAUCCUGUAAGAUUCUGUGCUCCUUCAAAGAACUGGAGGGCAGGAAGACCAUUCCUGGGCUUGACACGCCUGAAGCAUCUCUUCAACAGGAGCCAGGCCCCCGGGAAAAGCCAAGUUUCCAGGCUCCGACCCCAAGAAAGAGACGUUCUACAAUGAUUGCGUCUGAGGAACCUAGUGCCAAACUUCAACGUGACCAGUCCCUGGGCUCAAUAGUGCAACAGGAACAUCAGCAAGUUGGGAGUUCCAAGAAGAAGAAGGCAAAUGCUUCCUCCAGAAAACAGUCCCAUCCCGGAGCUAAUGAAUUACCCGGCGCAAGAAAGCCUGUGACAAGAAAAAUGAAGAAGCAUUUUCUGAAGAAUAAACACACAGUAGACAAAGUUCGGCAAUGGGAACUACGCCAACUUAAGAAUAUUGAAGAGGCCACUACAUGGGAGUUGACAAUUGAGAUGGAAUAAAACCUCAUCCAGGAACCUGAGAAGAGGAAUGUAUAUCGACAUUAAAUGAGGGAAGAAAUUCUUCUGAAACUGUUCACUAGUUGUACAAGAUACUUUGUGAUCUCCAUGGGUGGGUAGGAGGUAGUUUUCUCAUCCACUGACCUUUCCUUGAGCAGAUUUGGUGGAAAUACUUGAAAUGAGUGUUGCUUAGCUGGGCAAUUGAGGAUAUUGUAAUGUUUUUCAUGAAAUCACACCAAAUGGAGAUAAACUUGUUAUACUUGCACUUUGCCAUGGAAUAUCCAUCUUCAUGCUAUGCCUGCCAGGAAUAAUAUUUCAACUUUCAAUAUCUAUUAGAAAAACUUGGAUUAUGUUUUUUCCCUGUGUUCUGAAAACAAAAUCCCGGUCUAUUUUU